GAGUAAAUUACAUUGGGCAGUUAUGCUCCACAUAUUUUCUUCCACUACAACACUGGGAAUUCUAUCUUCUCCAAUUCCAUUCCCUCACAAUAUUCUUCUUCUUCACAUUUUCACUUCACGAUCACAUACUUCUCCUUCUAUUGAAGUAAAUUGUCCGAAUUGCACUGUUACCCAUCUCAAUUUUCACUCAUCAAGUACCAUUUUUAUUUUUCCAGGCAAUGAGGGCUUUGCGAACCCUUGAGGUAUGGAAAAUGGGAGUCGUCAACUAUUUGGAUGCGUUAAAACUGCAGGAAAAGCUAGUCUUGGAUAGAAAAUCGCAUAAGAGAUGUGAUACUCUAUUGUCUUUGCAACACCCUCCUACAUACACCGUUGGCAAAAGACAAACUGUUCAUAAUUUAUUAAUCCCUCAGUCAGAAUUGGAACAGAUCGGAGCUGAGCUUCACUACACACAACGUGGAGGAGACAUUACAUUUCACGGUCCACACCAAGCCAUUUUAUAUCCUAUCAUAUCGCUUCGUGACACGGGACUUGGUGCUAGAAAAUUUGUAGAAAAAAUUGAGUCAACUAUGAUUGAACUGGCAGGUCUAUACGGCGUGAAAGCUUGUCCUGGAAAGAAGUGUGAGACAGGAGUUUGGGUUGGAGAAAGAAAGAUAGGUGCAAUUGGUGUUCGGAUAUCAAAUGCAAUCACUUCUCAUGGAUUGGCAUUUAAUAUUGAUCCUGAUUUAAACUACUUUAGGCACAUCGUUCCCUGUGGAAUUGCUGAUAAAGAAGUGACAUCUUUGAGAAGAGAGACAGAUUUUGACCUUCCCACAGAAGAAAUAAUACAAGAGCAGUUGGUUUCAUGUUUUGCAAGAAUUUUUGGUUAUGAUAACUUGAUCUGGAAGGAGGAUGCUUCUAUAUCAUCCGAUAAAAAUGAAACUGAAUGAGACAUAGCUACUUUACUGGACAUAUAGUUGUAUAACAGUUGUUCUUUUCUUAUAUUGUUUUGAAGUAUUUAACCAAUACAAUUCAUGUUUAUUCUUCAUAUACACAUGUUCUUUCACUUUUGUCUAUCUAUAUGAUACGUGAAUUGGGCAAGA